UACGUAGCCUAUUACACCAAGAGUCUUUCUUCUUUCAAGGCGGCAAAAUCAAAGUUAGACGGUUUAGUUAGAUCAUUAAAAAGGAAAUAAUGUAGAAAGGCAAAUCUUUUUUUUUUUGAAACACAGAAAGACAAAUCUUUAAAAAGGAAAAAUAGCUUCUGUUAAAACAUUAUAAAAGGAGGUUACGGUAUUCUAUUUUGUUUCAUUCCCACCAUUCAUCACGCUUUCUAGAUAUCAAGAUUUGCUUCCAAAACUUUCUUUCUUGUUCAACUUCGGUAGAUAAUGGCGAUAAGAACAAGAAUCUUCAGCUUCGUGUUCGUGAUGAUGAUGAGCUUCACGGUUCUCUUGAGUUCCUGCUCGGCGAGGGUCUACAAAGUUGGAGAUUCCGAGGGAUGGACUGCCAAGGACGACGUCUACUACGCUUGGGCUGAAACCGACCAUAAGGAGUUCCAGGUGGGAGAUUCUCUCGUCUUCAAAUAUGAUCCCAUCAUCAACGACGUGACUCAUGUUUCUGGCUCUUUGGAAUACGAGUUCUGCGACUAUUCUUCUCCUAAAGCCGUCUACAACACAGGACACGAUGUUGUGACUCUCACAGAACCAGGUUUCCACUACUUCAUCACCUCCAACCAAGGUCAAUGCGUAUUGGGACAGAAGCUAGAAGUUCUUGUCAUCCAUGACCUCUCCAGUCCGGUUCCUCCACCAACACCACCUAGCAAGAUCCUUCCUGUCGGAAACACCUACAAGGUCGGAGACUCAAAAGGAUGGACCGUUUAUGAUAGUGACUUCUAUAGCAAGUGGAGUGAGGAGAAACAGUUUCAUGUUGGAGAUAGUCUUAUUUUCGAAUACGCCAAUGAAAUCAACGACGUCUAUGAGAUCAACGGAGAUCUAGAAUUCAUAACAUGCGACCCAACGUCUCCUGUAGAUGUGCACAAGACGGGGCACGAUCUUGUUAGGCUUACGGAACCGGGAGUUCAUUAUUUCAUAACCUCACAGUCUGGUUAUUGUGAAGCUGGGCUUAAACUUCGAGUCAUGGUGGGACCAAAACCCAAAGCUGUUACUUACCCUAAUUUUCCCAAGAAGGUGGUCUUGUCAGCUAUGGAACGCCUCAACAACUGGUUGAAUACUUUCAAACACCAGCCCCAUCAUUAAACCCAUUCGUUUGGAUUUGUUGUUUUCUUUCUCUAGUCUCGUUUGUUGUUUAGCAUCUUUAAUUAGUGCUUUUGUUUGAGAGUUCUUUUCUAUUACCAUCGUUGUAUAUUUUACUUGA